UUCAGAUUUUAUCAUGAAGUGAAAACUCCAGUUUCUGACUUUGAAUUUAGAAGAUCACCAACUACAUCCCCAUUCAGAUAUUUAGUGCUGAAACAUUUCUGCUGAAGAAAUGUCUUCAGGGUCAGAAAAGGAUAAAGAGAGGCUUGUUCAAGCUGCCAAAACGUUCUUCUUUCACAUGCAAGAUCUUGCUUCCUUCACAAAUGCACUCACCGAAUUGUUUAACAGCAGUAUGAACACUCAGAUCUUCUUGAUGGCUGUGAAAGAAGAUGGUAAUGUUAAGGAUGUCUUUGAACAGAUGCUCAAAACUUUUUUUUUUUUUUUGCGGUAUGCGGUGGUGGCAAAGCAGGACAAAAUGCAAAGUGAACCUUUAUGUUCCAAGAUUGCAACAGCUACGUGCUCUAUGCUUGAGAAGAGUAGCAGUGUAAAGGAGUUGCAACAGUCAGCCAAAGAAAUGUUCAAAAAUGUCCAUACACUGGUCAUUGCCUCUGUGCUGAAUAAUGGUAACAACCUUGAGAGUUUGGAAUCUCUUUCACUCUUGAUGAAAAAUCCCAUCAUGAAUCUUCAGUUAAGUGACUUCUAUAGAAAAGACACCAAAGAGCAAUCAGAUGAUAUCACAUCUGAGAAAAGCCCAAGUCCUGGUCCAUCCAAAGCCACUACAAUGGAUACCUUGAAAAAGUUGCAGGAUGCACUAAACACUGAGAAUGCCAAGGAUACCAUUGAGUCAGCUGCAGAUCAGAUGGAGCAAAUUGUCAGAACUAUGGGACCAAUCUUAGAGAUCCUCCAAAAAGCCAUAAAAACAAUGGAAACCAAGUUUUCUGUGUUUAAGAAAGCCAAGGAGUAGUAGGAGUGCAACAGUAGGGCUCAUUUCUGUCAGAAAACCAAUUCAAAUCCUGCGAGUUUUUAUAGUACUUUCUAAGACCUUGGAUGCCAGACAUGUGGUCUGCUGGGACAUGAGUUUGAAGAAUAGUCACCUGGCAAACCAUUUACCUCAAGUUUUGCUUUAUUCAAAUAAAAAUAAAUAGUCAAAGAAACCCUGCUUGAAAUGGCAGUUACUGAAAAGAAUAUAUUGUUCAAAAAAAUCAAGUAUGAUAUUAUAUUUGAGGUUGUUUCUAAACAUUGUAUUUCAUCUUAAAGCAUAAUUGAAAUAACCCUCAACUAAUUCCCACUCUUAGUAAUUCUAUUUCUAGUUCCUACAGUGAGAGUUCCAGGUAAAUGUAUACA